AUGAGCCUACUUGAUAUUGAAGGCCUUUCGCCGGAAUUCAUUGAACCUGUCGAAUUUGAAGAAGUUGAGCUGGUUGAGAGUGGUCUCGAUGUUGGAGCAAGCAAUGAAGGUGCAGCAGUCGUUUAUGUUAACAAUGACAGCGAUAACUUCCUACCGGAAGAAGUUUAUCAAUGGUCGGACGGGACUGUAACCUUUGAAAAGGUUGUUGACAGCGGAGAAGAAAUUGCUCUUCAACCGUUCGAUGAUGUUGAAGGCACAGUCUAUAACGACCCGCAAUUCGAGUUAGUUGAUUUAGCCUUGAUCUUUAUGAAAGCGAUUCGUGUGCAUCAGUAUUUCUACCAGCUUACUUACCUCUAUCAUGACCCGUACAUAACAACAGUGCGCAGUUUGAGAAUUCACGUAGACGAGCAAUGA